CAUGUGUCCAAGACUUAAUCUCCAAGACACUUCAAAAUAUUUACAAUGCUCCUGCAAGUUCUAGGGCUGUUCUUUCUUUUGGCUGUAGCAAAAGCCCAGGUUUUCAGUCUGGGGAAAUGUCCAACGGUAAAAACACAAGAUCCUUUUGACAUAAAUAAGUAUUUGGGCGACUGGUAUGAGAUAUACAAAUUUGAAGCAAGCUUUGAAGGAAAGCAGACGUGUAUACGUGCUAACUAUCAAUUGAAAGAGGAUGGUCACAUCAGAGUGCAAAACACAGGGAUAGAAGAUGGUAAAAACAUAACGGCUGUAGGCGAUGGUUAUGCCCCUGAUAAAAAUGUCCCUGCAAAGCUGCAAGUACGAUUCUCCGAUAAGGCUCCGUACGGCAAGUACUGGGUUUUGGACACCGACUAUGACCAUUACACGUUGAUCUACUCGUGCACCGAUCUUGCUGGACUCAGUCAUAUUGAGUUUGCGUGGAUUCUAAGCCGGUCAAGAACGCUAGAUGACCAAUACAAAACAAAACUGUUUGAUUUAGUCACGUCAUAUGGGAUCAAAACAUCAAACUUUCAAACAGAAGUUCAGGAAGGAUGUUCAUAACCUUUUUAUACAUGUUCAUUUGUGAUUCCGUUUGUGUAACAAAAUAUCACUGACUUAAUGUAAAUACGUUUUAAGUUUUGUAAAUAAUAGCUCCAGUAAAGUGAGUUUAAUUAAUCACUUC